UCCGCCCAUGACUUUCCCAGGAGAAACUCUUCCUCGUCUAUAAAACCGCUGCGGGACAGCGGGAGCGGCAAGAAAGUCGGCGCCCAAGUCAAACCAUGGAGUUUUGCGUUCUCGCAAUAGUGGCCUGGUCGUUUGCAUCCGCCCUGGCGCUGCCUCCCAGAGGUGCGUGUCUGCUGCCAGUGGAAGAGGGACCUUGCAGGGGAGACAUCGAGCGCUACUACUACAACACCAUAACGCAGAAGUGCGAGGUCUUCUCCUACGGAGGCUGCGAGGGGAACGCCAACAACUUCAGGAGUUAUCACGAGUGUCAAAAGACCUGUUUCAGAAUACCAAAGAUCCCCCAGAUCUGCAGGUUUCCCCGAGAAGAGGGACCCUGUCGAGGCCUUUUCAGCCGCUACUUCUUCAACAUGACCACCAUGCAGUGUGAGCCCUUCGAAUACGGUGGCUGCCUGGGCAACUCCAACAGAUUCGAAGACCUCACAUCCUGCAUGGAAUACUGCAGCCCACGGAAAACGGUGCCUGUGCUCUGCCUGGAUCCUCUCGACAAAGGCAGAUGUUCCGCCUCCAUACCACGAUAUUACUACAACACCGUGUCCAAGAUGUGUGAGGAAUUCAUCUACACUGGCUGUGGAGGGAGCAGCAACAACUUUGUCUCCAAGCAGAGCUGCACAGACGUGUGUGUCAAAGGUGAGAAAAAAACACAGCAUCCAAAUGAGAGGUCGUCGCAUGAGGAGGCACAGAAACAAUGGCAUCACGUUCCUGAAGGCCUAGAGUCUCAGAGGAAAUGAAGCUAUAUGUAAUAAAAACUAACACCAGUGUAUCGACGAUUCUUCACUGUACACAUCUGUUGCUACCUUCUGAAAAGGACUCAUCCUGAAAUGUGAUGGUUAAUGAAGAAAACAAUGUUUGUAUAUAAUGUAUAUAACGGUUGCUAUUGUAUAUGACUAUUUAACAUGUUUUCUACUUCUAAAAUGCCAGCUUUGUA